AUGUCCAACAAAUACAAUGGCGUGCUUGCAAAUGCUCGAGUACUAGUGCUUGGUGGCUCUUCAGGCAUCGGCUUCUGCGUAGCUGAGCAUGCCCUGUCCUUAGGCGCUAUCGUCACUAUCUCCUCCUCUCGCCAGUCCAAGCUGGACGACGCCUUGAAAAGAUUGAAAAGUUCAAUGCCCGAUGUAGCGGACAACGCCUAUGGUCAAGUCUGUGAUCUAUCUGAUGUCAAAUCAAUCCGCCCAAACCUCGAGACGCUGCUCAAGACCAUUACAUCCACACAACUUUUAGACCACAUCAUCUUCACUGCCGGCGAUGGCAUCAAGAUCAGACCCGUCGCCGACCUCCACCUCGAAACCAUCCAAAAACUGGGCCAUGUCCGCUUCUUUGGUCCUAUGCUACUCGGCGGUCUUGCAAAAGACUACAUGAAAAGUACCAAGACCUCUUCCAUCACUCUAACCAGCGGCACAAACAUCAAAAAGCCAGGCAAAGGAUGGACCACGGUCGCUGGCUACGGUGCUGGCACUGAAGGCAUUGCAAGAGGUCUCGCUGUUGAUUUGGCUCCGAUUCGUUGCAAUGUUGUCAGUCCGGGUGCUGUACACACUGAAAUGUUUGACGAUAUUCCGGAGGACAGAUUACCUGCUGUGUUGGAGAACUUCCGCAAACGAAGUUUGACGGAUAGUGUUGGUACACCGGAAGAGUUGUCGGAAGCCUACAUCUACUUGAUGAGAUGUUCAUUCGCUACCGGUUCUCUGAUCGAAGUAAAUGGCGGCUCCCUGUUGGCAUGA